CUCUCCUACAGACCCCUCCACCUUUCCUUGAUCGCUGACACUCGAGCACUGCGUAUAUCUGAACUCACCCUUCUCUGCUACCUCCCGUCCAAAAUCAUCUUCACCUCUCAAAGCAUCAUCACCACAAUCCCCCACAGUCGCAUAGCUGUGCGCAGCCGACAAAGAUAUGGCUACCACCGACAUGGCGCCCACGACGGGCUCCGCUUCUUUGAACAACGGCGUCGCGUCGCAACCAAAAAAGGUCGCCUACUUCUACGACUCCGACGUCGGCAACUAUGCCUAUGUAGCAGGACAUCCCAUGAAGCCCCACCGCAUACGCAUGGCGCAUAGCUUGAUCAUGAACUAUGGCCUGUACACCAAGAUGGAGAUUUACCGCGCAAAACCAGCCUCCAAAUACGAAAUGACGCAAUUCCAUACAGAUGAAUACAUAGAGUUUUUGCACAAAGUCACACCCGACAACAUGGAAAGCUUCACGCGCGAACAGAGCAAGUACAAUGUUGGUGACGACUGCCCAGUCUUUGAUGGUCUUUUUGAGUUCUGCGGCAUCAGUGCCGGUGGAACUAUGGAGGGUGCUGCACGCUUGAACCGAGGAAAGUGCGAUGUCGCUGUCAACUGGGCCGGAGGACUGCAUCACGCAAAGAAGAGCGAGGCUAGUGGUUUCUGCUAUGUCAACGACAUCGUCUUGGGCAUCAUCGAGCUACUCAGAUACAAGCAGCGCGUGCUGUACAUUGAUAUUGACGUUCACCACGGUGACGGUGUCGAGGAAGCUUUUUACACGACCGAUCGCGUCAUGACAGUCUCUUUCCACAAGUACGGCGAGUACUUCCCAGGUACCGGCGAACUACGCGACAUUGGUGUCGGCAGCGGCAAAAACUACUCGGUCAACUUCCCUCUUCGCGACGGCAUCACCGACGACACAUACCGCAACAUCUUCGAGCCCGUCAUCGAGGCUGUUAUGACAUACUAUGGGCCAGAGGCUAUCGUCUUGCAGUGCGGUGGUGACAGUCUUUCGGGUGACAGACUUGGCUGCUUCAACUUGAGCAUGGACGGCCACGCCAACUGUGUCAAGUACGUCAAGAGCUUUGGUGUCCCAGUUAUCGUACUUGGAGGUGGUGGCUACACCAUGAGAAACGUAGCGCGAACCUGGGCCUACGAAACAGGAGAGCUCGUCUCGACCAAAAUGUCCAAGCAGCUGCCUUUCAACGACUAUUACGAAUAUUUCGCUCCCGACUACGAACUGGACGUCCGACCGUCAAACAUGGAAAACGCAAACUCUCACGACUACCUGCAUAAGAUUAAAUCAGCCGUCAUCGAGAACAUCCGAAGAACCGGAAGGCCGUCAGUUGAAGCUUUUACCACUAUACCCGAUGUACCCACGUCGCUGCUACGCGCGGCUGACUCAGACGCUGAAGAUGAAGACGAUGACAUUGAUGCCGAUGAAAACAAGGACGUACGAAUGACACAGCGACAGCGCGACAAGCAGGUAGAGCACGAUGGCGAGCUAUACGACGCAAGCGAUGACGAGGAUUACAAAAACAGUCUUGGAGUGCGUGCUCAACCUGGUACCAAGAAGAAGCGGAACAUCACCGACUUCCCUAAUCCCAACGCUGCUCCGGCGGACGAUCUGGACGGCAUGGAAGAGAUCAAUGGUGAAAGCGCCGUAUCAACACGCCAAGCAUCCGCAGCCGCCAAGUCGCGCACGCAAACUCCCGCUACUGGCGAGCAAGAAGCAGACGAUGACGGUGACAUUGACAUGGAUGCACCGCCCGCUGUACCUGCUCCUGCUGAUAACCCGAACCAGUCUCAGUCGCCCACAGGAGGUGUCGUGACCCCACCUGAAUCCCCACCCACCGCACCGACAGCGAUGGCACCCACAUCUGCCCCGACGGCAGAUGUCGAGAUGGAAGACAAUGCAGACAAGGAAGAAAUUGCUGCAGCUAAGGAAGAGGGUGAAACAGAACGCGAUUCUGAGAACGUCAAGGGCGAAGUCCGGACCGAGGUUGCAAAAGAUUAGCCACUUCAUCGCGGUGUUUUAGUGCAUUUGGGAGGCGUUUGUUCUUCAGUCGCACUGUUCUUGGGUAAACUCUUUCUGACGGGUAGCGGGCAGGUGUUUUGGUGUGAUGGGAAAUGGCUUGAGUCGCUCUAGCUAAGGAUACCUUUUGGAUUUUCUUUUCUGUUAUUUUGAUGCAAAGUUCUCGUCAUCCGUCUACCAUUUCAAGCUCCACUGGCUAGAAAGAUUAUGGACAACUAAGCAACAAUCAACUUUACAUCCCAA